GUACUGCAACCCUAGGAUGCGCCGCGUGCUUAUCGCUUAUCAUCAUCAGCGCCCCUGCCUCUCCUCCUCGUCCCCGUGAACCGCGAUCCAUCUAAGACCAGAGGGGGAGAAGCGAACCAGCAGCAGGGUCGCCAUGUCGGACUCCGAGCACCACUUCGAGUCCAAGGCCGACUCCGGGGCGUCCAAGACCUACCCGAUGCAGGCCGGCGCCAUCCGCAAGGGCGGCUACAUCGUCAUCAAGAACCGUCCCUGCAAGGUGGUUGAGGUUUCUACCUCGAAGACUGGUAAGCAUGGUCAUGCUAAGUGCCACUUUGUUGCCAUAGAUAUAUUCAAUGGUAAAAAGCUUGAGGAUAUUGUUCCUUCAUCCCAUAACUGUGAUGUGCCACAUGUGGACCGUACUGAAUAUCAGCUGAUUGACAUAUCAGAGGAUGGAUUUGUGAGCCUUCUUACUGAUAGUGGUGACACUAAGGAUGAUCUUAAACUCCCAACAGAUGAGGCUAUCCUGAACCAGCUCAAGACUGGAUUUGCAGAGGGGAAGGAUCUUGCAUUGACGGUCAUGUCGUCCAUGGGGGAGGAGCAGAUCAACGCGAUUAAGGAUGUUGGCCCCAGGUAAAUUUCCUGAAUUGAAGACCAAGAGAAACAGAAAUAAAGACAAGGACUGUGUAUCAAGAAGGAAUGCUAUCGAGACAAUUCACCUAAGCCUGAGUCAAGUGCAGUGAUUGCUGGGUGUAGCAUAUCUGGUUGCCAAUACCUAUCUAUGACGUUUGAGACUCUGUAUUUCGUAGUAUCGUUUUAUGCGCUUGGUAUCAAUAAUUCAUUGAUGUGGAACUUCAAAAGAAACUGUAAUGGCUGAAAGCAUGGCUGGACAUUAUUAUUACGGAUUUCAUGCU